CACCAUUCCAGACAGCUAUAGCACCAACCCACAGCAACUUGCGUAGCCAUGUUUGUAGUACAGUUUCCUUGGGAUUGUUACAAGUGCUGUGUUUUUUGAUUAUUUGCAUAAGUGCUGUGUCGGGAGACGUGAUAAUCUUUUAUCCUGUGUCGACUACUUUCAACCAGGAUUAAUUCAUCCAAACGGAAAACUGCGGUUUAAAAGUCGACAUGCAAGUCAAGUAGCAAGCUUGUAAAAGCAAAUGCUAAAAAGACAGAGGGUUUCAAAAUGCAAAAUUGGAACCAAUGGCAAAUGCCGGCUGGUGCCAUGUCAGCACCAAUGCCUCCCACACCAGCUGGCUUCACUGCACCAGGAGCAGAUCCUAUGGCUAUGAUGCAGUCCUAUAUGCAAUAUUAUAACCAGCCAGCUCCAAGUGGCUAUACUGCUGAACAAUGGGCGGCUGCUCAGCAGCAAAAUUGGACCCAGUGGCAGCAGUGGCAACAGCAAUUUCAACAAUGGCAAGCACAAUAUGGUGAAAAGUAUCAAGAGACAAUGAAGCAGUUAUCGGCUCAGGGUUUAACCCUGCCAAAUGUAACACAGGCGCCGCCACUGCCAAGUUCACAACCUCUCCCUCCCCUUCCUAAAGAAGAACAUACAAAACCUCCUUUACCACCAGAUAACAAUAAACCAUUCCAAUAUGCGAAUAUGCCUCCCCCACAUCAAAACAAUCUUCCAUUAUUUCCAGCUAAGUCACAAAACUCUGAUUAUAGCGCUACAGUUGCUCCAAAUUAUUCGCAAGCACCACCUUUACCCCCAGGGCAACCACCCCCACAAGCGCCAAACCCUCAAGAACCACAGGGUGUUAGUUUGUCAGGUGAGAAACGAGGUAUUAAUGCGUCAGAUGAUUUUGGUAGUGCUAAGAAGACCAAACUUGAAGAGGAAGAGUUGACAGAAGCGGAGAAAACGUUUGAUGCUCAGUUUAAACAAUGGGAAGAACAAUUCAAUAAGUGGAAACAACAGAACGCGAAUCACCCUGAUAAGACACAAUAUAAACAGUAUGAAGCAAAGUGGACGUCAUGGCGGGAAAAGCUAAUCGAACGUCGAGAGCAAAUGCGUAAGAAACGUGAACAACAAAAGCUGACAUCGAAGGUAGAAUCUGAGAAGACGAAAAAUAUUCCUGGAGGUGACAAGAUAUUAAACAUCUUAUCAAGCAGCGAAAAUCAGGGUUUGAUUAAUAAUUUACUAGGAAUUGGUAAAACCUUAGGGCUGACUGGGAAGCAGGAUGCAGAAAGUUCUUCGAAGUUACCGGGUAACACGAGUACUGUAGCACCUCCGACACAACAACCUACUAUGCCGCAGCCACUUGCAAUGAUUGCUCCAACUAUGACAAGCAAUAUGACACAAGCUGCAUGGGCUGCGCAGCAGUGGGCUGCUCAAUAUAAUGCUAAUAUAGCAGCCCCAAGUUACGGUGGUUUCCAGUUUCUGCCAGGAAUUGCUGGUCCAGCUAUAGCUGGACAGUCUCCUCAAGUUCCCCAAUUACCUCAAGUAAGCCAAGGGGUUGGCAAUGACUUUUCUCUGCCUCCUCCAAAUCUGGGAAAUUCAAGCAUGAAUUUUUCUCAACCACCACCAGGAUUUAGAGCUAAUGAUUCAAGGCAAAUGUUGGACUCGGGAAUGAAACAAAAUGACCGUAAUAUCCAUGAUAGACCUCCGCCGUUAUUCGGUCCGAGUGGUGACAAAAAAGACGGUUUUGGGGGUAAUGAACAAUUUUCUCAAAGCAGUGACAAUUUACAAUCUGUUACUAAUCGUACUGAUGAAAAAGGUGAUCGUUUUGGUAUGAGUGACCGCACUACUUUAGGAAGUCAAUUCUCAACAAGAAACAAUCCUUAUGAUCGAGACACACAAAAAAGUGAAUUUGGCAUGAGUAAUCGUCUCGAAGGUAACCAAUUUGGAUCUGACAAUGAGCGUUAUAAUCAACCAGCCGAUCGAUUUGGUACAAUUAGACCAGGUAGCGACUUUGGUACUAAUGAUCAUAGUGGUCCAGGAAACCAACGUCGCCAGGAAAAUGACCGCUUUAGCACGAGCGAAGACAGAGAUUCAGGAAAAAACCGUUUCGGCCUCAGUGAAGAGCGAGAUUCAGGAAUCAAUCGUUUUGCGAGAGAUAAUGACACGUUUGCUCCCAGUAGUGACAGAUUCAGCCGCAAUGACCGCAUUGGUUUGGGAGUAAACCGCAGUGGACAUGAUGACAGUAACUUUGGUCUAGGAAGUGAUCGUUAUGGGUCAAAUAACGAUCGUUUCGGAUCAGAUACUGAUCGAUUCUCAGCGAAAAAUGAUCGCUUUGGAUCAGAUGUUGAUCGGUUCUCAUCGAAUAAUGAUCGUUUUGGGUCUAGUUCACUUGGCGAUCAGUUUAGGGCACUGUCUAAAGACAGAUUUGGAACUGGUUUGGAUCGUUUCGGUUCUAGUAAUAGUCUUCGGGGAUCUAGUAAUGAUCGUCUAAGCUUGGGCAAUGAAAGAUUUGAACCUGGAAGUAACCGAUUUAAUGAUAGGGACAAUUUCAAUAAAAGUUCUACCUUUGGAAGUGAUAAUUUUGGUCUAGGAAACGAACGUUUCAGCCGAAAUGAUCGAUUAGAUAUUUCUGAUCCUUUUGACUCCAAAGAUCUUAAUUAUAUGAAUGAUAAUCGGCGUGAUAGUUUUGGAGAUAAUUCUAGAGGAUCGAACAAAAAUGUUAGGCCAUUUGAAGCUUCUGAUAAUAUCACACCAGAACUGAGAAAACUUAUGGAAAAACGACGGGCUGCUAUGGAUGUUUUCAAGCCAAGGGAUGAUGUAUUUAAUCCUGUUAGACAAAAUAGUAUUGGUUCACUCAGUGAGAGCUUCAAGAAGAUUACAGGAGAAUUACCAUACACAUCGAGAAAUCUUGGCGAUAUAGGAACAAAAAAUGUUGGACUAGGACACAGAGGUUCCGAAAAUUUGAUGUCCCGUGGACCAGGAGAUUUUGGUGCCAGAAGUUUGGGAACACUCCAUAGUAAUAACAACUUCGGUCCACAGUCUUCUAGAGGUAUAGAAUUUGGUACAUUCGUAAGUUCCAGUCUGGAUAAGCUGAAACCAAGGGAAGAGUUUGCACCCUCAAGAAAUGAAUUUGCUCCUCCCAAAGCUGAAUUUGGUCUACCCAGAAAUGAAUUUGCCCCUUCCAGAAAUGAAUUUGGUCCUCUUAGAAAUGAAUUUGGUCCUCCUAGAAAUGAAUUUGGCCCCCCUAAAAAUGAAUUUGGUCCACCUGGAAAAGAAUUUGGUCCACCUGGAAAAGAAUUUGGUAUUUCUGGAAAUGAAUUUGGUCCGCCAAGAAGUCAAGGCAAAUUUGGACCUCGAGGGCAAGAGGAUCUGGAACGUGGAACUAGAAAUGAUGAAUCAACAGUCGACCAGUCAGGAGAUUUGGGUUCAAAGGACAAAGAAAGUUUUAAGCAUCGGGAUAAAGGUGGAGCUAUGAAUGAGCAGGCGGAAACUAUUUGUAGAUCAAACAAUUCUGAGCAAGGAAAUAAUGCUUUGGAAAAGGAUCAAAUUUCGCAACUUGAGCUUCCAAGCAAUAUUUUACCACUGGAGAAACCACCGUGGAUGGAUACUCAAUUUUCAGAACAGGAUUUAAAUGACAAUGUAAAUGCUGGUACCAAUAAUAAUUCCGCUAGUCAGAAUAGUGGUCUUGUAACAAAUUCGGAGAGUUCAAGUCAAAAAGAUGAGGAAAAAGCAGCAAAAUCUCCUUCUAAGAACGUAGUUCAGGAAAGUGAUAACAAGGAUCAAGACCAGUCAAAAGAUGACAAUGAUAAGCCUACAGGGGCACUUGAUGAGGUAAAGACUGAUGGAGAAGAUCGAAAUGCUUUACCUUUCAUGGGUGAAAAUGAUCCAAAACCUGAAGAUUUGAAUAUGGAACCCCCGCCAGAACUUCCUAAUCUAGGACCUUUGACAGAAACUCCAAAUAUGCCAGCAUUCAGAUCAAGUGAACCAAAUUGUGACUCGAGUGUCAACUCAUCCGGUCCUAGACCACCACCCUUGAUCCCACAACGAGGACCGAAUCCUCUAUUUUUCGAUGGUCCAGGAUCAUCAAGCGGUCCAUUCAGACCCGGAGCCCCUAAUAUUGACCAAUUUGGACCCAGGGUUCCAAAUGUAAACCGUUUUGAAUUCAGAACUCCUAAUGAUAGACAAUUUGGGCCACGAGGUCUCCCGUUUGGGUCAAGAGGUCCGAGUGAUACUCCAUUUCGCCCCAGAGGUCUAAACGACAUUCUCUUUAGUGCAAGAGCUUCAAAUAAUAGUAAUUUUGGUGCAAGAGGUCCGAACGAUGCUCAGUUUGGUCCACGAGGUUCUAAUGAUACUCAGUUUGGUCCAAGAGGUCCAAACAAUACUCAGUUUGGUCCAAGAGGUUCAAACGACGCUCAGUUUGGUCCAAGAGGUCCGAACGACGCUCAGUUUGGUCCAAGAGGUCCGAACGACACUCAGUUUGGUCCAAGAGGUCCGAACGAAGCUCAGUUUGGUCCAAGGGGACCAAAUGAUACUCAGUUUGGCCCACGAAGUCUGAAUGAAGGACCCUUUGGGUCCAGAGGAUUAGGUGAUGGUCAGUUUAGAUCAAGAGGUUCAGACCAAUGUGAUUCAAAAGGUAUCCAUGACAAUCAGUUUAAUGCACCUAAUCCAAGAGGUCCAAAUGAUAGUAUACUAGGAGGUCGCUCAACUACUGAGCAAUUCAGUCCUAUGGGACGUGGUUUCUCUGGACCAAGAGGGCCUGGUGGUGGACCAUUUAGUCAACGACUACCAAUGAAUCCACCAUUUGCAAUAUCCAGAGACUCCAGUGAUGGACAGUUCAGGCCGAGAGGGCCAAAUGAUGGAAGCUUUGGGCUACGAGGUCCAAAUGAUGCUCAAAGACCAGCAAUUCCAUCUCUUUUGGGACUUCAAUUUGAUAAACAACCAAAAUUUGAUCUACCACAUGUGUCUGGCAAUAUUCUUAAUCAAGGUGGUAAGGACUUUGAGUCAAGCAGUAUUAAUAUAGAUGAGACCAAAACUGUUGAUAGGCGAAUAUCUGGAAUUGGUGAGUCUGAUCCGAAGGUGCGCAUGCCAAUGGAUCAAAGGUCUAAGUUUGGUCCAGGUGUAGGAUUUCCACAGGGUAGGCCUACAGGUGUGGACCACAGAUCUUCAUUUGGCCAAGGAGUAAUGGAACCAAGAUCACCAUUUGAAAAAGACACUCCAGGUGAUGGAGGACAAAAUUUGCCUUUUGCGCAAGGCGGACCAAUGAAUAAUGAACAAAGGCCACUCAUUCGGCAUGGUGGAUCAUCGUCAAAUCCACCACAUUCUCAAGAAAGCCCAGAGCAACAACCAUUCAUGCAGGGUGGUCGGAGAGGUUUGGAAAAAAAUCCUGGCGCGCACGGUGGGUCAAGUAAUUUUGAUCCCAGAAUGGAGGGUAACGUUAUAGAACAAAGACCUCCAUUUGUGCCAGAUGGACUAGGGAGUUCAGAUUCUAACAUGACACGUAGCAGUGAACAGAGAUUAGGAUUUGAUCCUGGCUUACGUGAAAAUAAAAACAACUCACAAUUUGACUCAGGAUUUCGUGAUAGAUUGAGUGAUCAUGAUGAUCGCCGAAGACCAGCCCCUGGUUCAGGCAUUGACGAAUUUUGUGUUGGAAAACAAUUUAAUUAUAACCAUGGUGGAAGUGCAGUGAAUAAGAUGAUCACUGAAAUCAUACCUGAAAAAGUUAUAGAUUAUGGCCACCUGACGAAAGCUGUUGUACACGAGUACAUAACUCCAGUUGAGACAUUUGAUUAUGGUCAUGGUAAUUUAAAACCUGUGGUGCCUGAACAUGAAAUAAUACCACGAAAAGAUUUCCAACAUUGGGAGGAAACCGAACAAAGUUUGAAGGAAUAUGAUGAAAGGUUGAGAUUAUUUGCACGUGAUCAUGAAUGGAAAGGUCGAGGAAAAUUACGAGAUGAUUUCAAAUUUGAUAAACCACAUUUAAGAGAAUGUGAUUGGCCCAGGACAGACAGAAGAUCUUUUGAAUGCGAUGAUCGAAGACCAUCCGACAGAGACUCAAGAGCUAGGAGAGAUAGAGAUAACAGGGAAGAUCGCAAGGAACGUGACCGUGAACGUGAGAAAGACCGAGGCCGCGAUGACAGAGAUCGUGAUGAUAGAGAUCAUGAAUAUAGACGUGAUGUCGAUCGAGAAGACCGUUCAUGGAAAGACGGAAGUGAUCGUAGAGAUAAAAAUCGAGACACAAGUGACAGAAAUGACCGAAUGAAAGUGGAACAAAAUAAAGAAUGCAACAGAGAUGACGACAGAUCUAAGGGCAACGUAAAUCAUCCGGAUCACCAGAGUAAAAACAACGCUAAUACUUCUCAGGAAACCAGUACUUCAGAGGCUAAAAAUGAUUCUACGGAGACCACUUCGACGAAAAUGGAACUGCCGAGAAUGCCAAACUACACCAUGGUUGACGAUAUUUUAUUCCAGCCUGGACGUCAGACUAGGCCACCCAAGAUAGUGAUUAUUUUGAGAGGGCCACCAGGCAGUGGGAAGUCAUUUGUUGCUAAGCUCAUCAAGGAUAAAGAAGUCGAGCAAGGUGGUUCAGCUCCAAGAAUUUUAAGCCUUGAUGAUUAUUUUCUAGUUGAAAAGGAGAAAGAAACUAAGGACGAUAAUGGCAAAAAAGUAGUUGUAAAAGAAAUGGUCUAUGAGUAUGAAGAAGCAAUGGAAUCCAGUUACCUGACAUCUCUCGUCAAGGCAUUUAAAAAAAAUAUUACGGACGGCUACUUCAAUUUCAUUAUUUUGGAUUGCAUUAAUGAAAAAAUCUCUGAUUACGAGGAAAUGUGGAGCUUUGCUAAAACUAAGGGCUUUCAGGUAUAUGUAUGUGAGAUGGAAAUGGAUGUACACAUUUGCUUGAAGCGGAAUAUUCAUAAUCGUACAGAGGACGAAAUCAAUAAAAUCGUCGAUUAUUUUGAACCAACGCCUAACCACCACUUGAAACUGGAUGUUAAUGGGAUGCUCCAGGAAGAAGCAAUCGAUGAGGUUCAUAUGGAAGAUAGUCACCAAUCACCCGAGGAAACUACCCAGCCAAAUGAUGAUAGCCAGGAUAGUCAAGACGAACAAGUUGGAAUCAGCAAGUGGGAACAGAUGGAUGCCGAUAAUAAGUUAGAUCGUCUAGAUGGUUUAGCUAAAAAGAAAAACGAAAAUCGUCCUCAAACAAUGGAAGAUUUCCUUCAGGUGCCUGAUUAUUAUAAUAUGGAAGAUACGUCAGGAAAAAAAAGAGUACGAUGGGCGGAUUUGGAAGAACGAAAAGAACAAGAAAAAUUGCGUGCGGUUGGAUUCGUUGUAGGUCAUACCAAUUGGGACAGAAUGAUGGAUCCUACCAAAGGACAGAGCGCACUUACACGUACCAAAUACAUAUGACCCAAAUUUGUUCCCAGAUCAUCCAGACAAAACAAUUGACGUAACUGCACCUAAUUAGGAGAGUAAUAAAUUUUGAAUAUAUUAAUUCAAAUUUAAUGAGACAAAGCAGUUUGCUAUGAUCCAUUUUACCGGAAGACAAAAUGAGAGUUUGGCAGGUACCAACGAUUCAAUUAUAAGAUAAACCCAUUAAGACACUGAGAGUUGCACUACAAUUCUCAAAGUGAAAAACAGAUCAUUUUUUUAAUAUCCUAUACUUUCCGUAGCGUACUCACCCAAAUUUUUUGCUGCACAGGUAGAUUUGUGUAGUCCAAUGCAAUAGUUUUUUUGUUGAAUUCAUUUCCACUGAUUAGGAAACGAAUAUCUGAUAAUAGAUGGCAGAUCGUAAGCAAAAUCAAAGCUUUUCAGAAGAAGUUCAUCCAAAGCUUAUACAAUCUCGUGCGAUUAAAUUUUUUAUUUCGACAAUUUUUGAUUCAAGUCAGUACUGUGAUUAUAUAUCAUUAAUUUUUUAGUCACUGAGAUUUGAUUUUUGGUAAUGAAGCCAAUUAUUUUUUAGGGAUUCUGUGUUUCAGAAUGUCAAUAAUGUGUCACAGAAUCAAAAUGAUAUCACAGGUACUAUGUAAAGACUGCAUAUUUUUGAAUCCAGUAUUUAUAUUUAAACAAUUUAGAAUUUUUUUUGUAUUUAGUUCAUUCUUUCCGUUCCUUCUUAGAUUUGACUUCUCGGUCUGCCUGUAUUUGAGAGUUUUUGAAAGAAAUAUAAUAGGUUUAGUAGUCUUCAUCAAAUAUUUAUUAUGACAUUAAAUAAUUGAUCAACUCAUAUCUAUUGUAUUGUGCUAGAUUAUCGUGUGUCGAUGCAAGUUGAAAAUAAUGAAACUUGUAUCGAAUUAUUAAUAAUUGGUAUUAUAAUCUAAAGUUUCAUGCUUGUAUUUUUCCCUACCUUAUUUUAGUGUCACAAACUUUUCAAUACGGAUGUACCCUCCGAAGUUUGAAUAUAAAUAUUAUGAAUAAGGAAUCCGGGAAUACUUUGUCUUCCUAAUCCGAUACACCUAUCGAAAAGAAUAUAGAUCCAAUCGUCAUAGGUUAAAUGUGUGAGAAAUGUAAAAACGUCAAUCCCAAAAUAGUGUCACUCUAAACUUUAAGAAAUUUGUUGCAAAAAUUUGAUCUAUGUGAGAUUUAAAAUCGUUGCUAGCUGCUAAUACUUUUAUCGUUGAAUCUUUUCAAAAGAUUCUCUGGGUUGUUGAACAUGUAAAAAAAAAAAGAAUCACCAACCAGUGAUUAAAGAUAUCAUUUGAUAGUUCCGUUUAAAAUACAUGUGUAAGUACUUGGAUUGCAAACUUAUUCCAUUUGUUCAAUGUAUACGGAAAUAUAGGAAGCUUGAAACACUCGCACGUUCAGAUUAUAUCAUUGUCAAGAUCAUUUUAAAUAUAGUUCUGUUAUUUAUACGAUAACUGUAACUGCAUUUAUGUAAUAAAAGUUUUAAACGAAUUAAGAUUAA